UCACGCCUACUUUCAUUCUGAAACUUUCCACAAGUUACACCUGAAUGAAUGCCAAAAACAAACCGUGGGUAUAUAAGGAGAGCAAGCAAUUGUAAUCCGAAUACAGUUGGUGCUGAUCAUUUACCACGUUUUUUAGAGUCAGGGAAAUAGCCAUGCCUGUGCACAGUAUUGAAUGCCACAUUGUAAUACUAGCUUGUGUUUUUCUGAUAAACUGCUUGGCUUUCAAAAAUGAUGCCACAGAGAUUCAAAAUCCACGUGUGGUUAAUCCUGUGCCAGAGAAUCCUAAUAACGAUACAUUAAACCAGGCGAGAAAUGGAGGAAGACACUUGGGAAAUUAUGGAACUGAUCGAAAUGAUGAGACUCAGGUUGGCUGCAGAGAGCUCAGAUCCACGAAGUACAUUUCAGAUGGGCAAUGCACAAGCAUUAACCCAGUGAAGGAGCUAGUUUGUGCUGGUGAGUGCCUGCCUGCUCAGAUGUUGCCCAACUGGAUAGGUGGUGGCUAUGGCAGAAAGUACUGGAGCCGAAGAAACACUCAGGAGUGGCGCUGCGUCACAGACAAGACCCGAACCCAACGCAUCCAACUCCAGUGCCAAGACGGGAGCACAAGAACGUACAAAAUAACUGUAGUCACAUCCUGCAAGUGUAAGAGGUACUCCAGGCAACACAAUGAGUCCAGGCAUAAUUCUGAGGUGUCGUCUCCACCGAAGCCCCUUCAUAAUCGCAAAGGGAAGAAGAGAUCAGGCAAGACGGGCAAGCACAAAGUUAACUGGCAUGAAUCGGAAGACAAAAACUGAAUUGUGACUGUAACCACACUGUAAACAGGAUUUUUCCAAAAAUUUAUUUUUUGUUUUUUUUGUCUAACACUACUGGUUUGCCUAAUGUGUGACCCUAAUGGGACAUGUGAUAGAAUGGUAGUGUGUACCUAUGGCCCCUAUAGUCAGUCGCUUGACGUCUUUGAUUUACAGCUUUUACGGUGCCGUGAGGUAUUAGCUGAGGUUACGAACACCAGACUGGAACACUAGUCUAAACUAUGUGAUAUAGAAAGGUAUUUGAACCAAGUGGGACGGUCAAAAGCUAAUUAAAAACGACCAUGAUACUUAAUGACAGGUGCUUAAACCUUUACAAAGGUCUUUGUGAUGCCCCUCUGCAACAUGAGAAGUUUUGUUCAUAAUCCCCACAUUUAAUUAAACAGAUAUUCAAUUUGCGGACCAGACAUGAGCUUCAUUUAUAAUCAUCCAAUAAAAAUACUAUGAUUUGAAAUUCUAGCUUAUCAGAUCAAUGCAUGAUCUAAGUCAGAAAGAAUGCAGCCCACUCUAUCGUGUACCACAAUGUUGCUGGGGCUUAUCGUUCAUUCCAACCCUGUUAUGGUUGGAAGUCAUUUUUAGUCUGUGGAGCCAUAAAACACAAUAACAUUUCAAUCUGCUCUGUUUAGACAGAAUUCUUUUAAUCUUUGCUAGCCGGUUCUGAGUAUACUUGUUUCAAUGUGGUGUUAAUGAUGCAGUUCAUUAGUAGUACAUACACUAUGAAAUCGCUGAUAUAAUUAAAAUAAGCCUUUUACUGAAACGGUUUCAUUACUACAAUAGACACAUAGAAACAGACCUAAAUUACCUAUUUAUUUUACUCAAUGUUAUUAUUUAAUGGGAGGGGAAGGGAAACACACACAUGGUACAACAUAAUUAUCAUGUGUGUUUUUGUUAUUUCUGUGGUCCAAACAAUGUCCUAAAUUUUGUAGCUGGCAUUGAAAUACUGUAUAUAAUGUAAUAUAUUGUGUGUUUUAUUUGUAUUUUUUUGCUUGUUUUUAUUUUUGUAUUGUAAAGCUUUUUUUUUUGUAUAGCAUUCUCUUAACUAGAAUCCAUCUCUUAACAAUCUGUUGAAAACAGGAAUUUGUUUCUAAAGACAGUUAUGUCUUGUAUAGUGAAAUAACUAUGUCUGUUUUUGUUAAUGUGCAAUCUUGGAACCAAAAGUUCUUUGCAAAAAUAAAUGUUGCUAUUUAAGUAUUAAUAUAA